AUGAGAAUUUAUCUAUAUUCAACAUUUGUAUUAUUUACAUUUUUAUUUAUUAAUAUUAUAUCUGGAUCGGAAUUAUGUGGUCCUCGAAGUUGUUUUGGUCAAUUGUUUUGUGUUUCCGAUUACACUUCUGCAAUGUGUAGACCAUUAGAUCAAGCAAAAAGUUUAGUAGAGUUUAAUUUAACAACUGAUGGUGUUUGGUCAGAUUCAGCACAAUUUAAAGGAUCAAUUAAGAAUAUUUGUGGAAUUAAAAUAAGAAAGAUCACUUUCAAUGCAGUUGGAUUCGAAUUAUUGAAACCUUCUUCAAUUUGGAAUGCAAGAUAUAAUGAAGAAAUCAAUGAAUUGGGUGCUCCUGAUUUCCAAGAUGGUAUAAGACCUGGAGAUAUUUAUACAUUUGGACUGGCUACCAUUACCACAGUCAAUCCCAAAGGUAUUCGUUAUAGGAGUCACUCUCUCUUAAUGGAUGGUGCUGAUAAAUUAAAAGAACCACCAUUGCAACAACAACAACAUCAACAAAUUAAUCAAAUUUCACCUCUAACAAAGAGAAGAAUUUCAUUUUCUCUUGCUCAUAACAACAACAACAAUGUACAUCAUUCUUCAAAUGCACCUCCAAUAUAUUAUUCAACACCAAACUUAAUGGAGACUAUAAAUAAUAAUAAUUUAAACGCUAGUAAUAGUAAUAAUAAUAACCACAAUUCAAUGACGACAAUCAAUAAUAAUAAUAAUAAUAAUAAUAGUAAUAAUAAUAUGUCAAAUAACAAUGGUAGUUCAGUUAGUCCAACUAAAGAACUAUCAUCUUCAUCUUCAUCAUCUUUUAGAUCUAUAUCACCAUCAAAGAUAUUGGGUAAUUUUGUAAAUAGUUCUAGUAAUAAUAAUAGUAGUUCAAAUAGUAAUUCUAAUGUAAAUAGUAUUAACAACAACAACAACAACAAUAAUAAUAAUAAUAAUAAUAAUAGUAGUAGUAAUUUAAUUAAAAAUGAUAAUAAUAAUAAUAGUAAUAUAAAUAAGAAUAAUAAUGAUAAUAAUCAAGUGGAAGAGAUAAUAGAUGGUUAUCUAAAGAGAUGGUUUACUCAUUUGAAUGAUAUCAUUAGAGGACCACCAGUGGUUGUACAUGGUACGUUGAUGUUCAAUCAAUUGUAUCUGGUGGUUUCAAUGGUGUUGGUAUCGGUUAUCUAUCUACUGACAGAGUUGUCAAGAGGCUGGUUACCACUUCCAGUUGUCGCUGUAAUUAUAUCGUAUCUGUUUUUGUGUCUCGAUGAGCGUUACCAUAUCACAGAUACCAAGAGAUCUCUUACCGAUAUCAACAAAGACAAUAUCAAUGACCGUCUUUCACACAACAACAAUAUUAAAGAUAAGAUUAAUUUCUACGAAGCAUCAUCGAGUAACAUUGCCAAAGACAUCAUCGGAGGAAUAUCUACAAAUACAGGUGGUGUUGGUGGUGCUGGUAGUAGUUCCAACAAUGGUUUGGGUAUUGGUAGUGUCGGUAUCAGUGGAUUGAGUAACAGUAGAACUGUAUCUUCAUCUUCGUUGAUAACACCAACCAUCAAGAAUCAUACAAGAUCAUCUUCAUCUGGAUCUUCUAAUAGUAGCAAUUCAUCUGUUAAUAUUAACAACAACAACAACAAUAUUAACAACAACAACAAUAACAAAGAAUCAAAUUCACAAAUAAUAAGUGGAAGUAAUACAGUUCCUACCAAUUUACCAUCAUUUAUCAACUUCCCUCUUCAAACUGAAGAGUCGUCAUCAUUCUAUCGUACUAGACCCUAUGAUAAUCAUAGACGUUCAUUACCACCAGAAUAUUAUAAUCAAUACUUGAACUAUAAUUUAAAUUAUAAGAAUAACAUUCAUAAUCAACAUAAUAGUCAGAACACUAAUACCACCAACAUUAAUAAUGAAUCAACUAAUAAUCAUGAAGGUAUCGAUGAUGAUAAUAAUAAUAUUGGUAAUCAAAGUAUAGAUCAAGAUGAAACAUCCGCCAAUCUAUUAAAUGACUCUGAUCUCGAAGAGAGCGGUAAUAACAACAAUGAUGCACCAAAAGAAACCAAGAAUGAAUUGUCUGAACUAGUGAGUAUUAAAAAAGUAAAGAGUAAUAUCACUCAUUUCACAAAGCUUUCAUCUAAUCUCGAAGAAAAGCUUGAUUGGGCACAAUCGCCGUUUACUCUAAAUCCACCAAGAGCUUCACAUUCAAUUACAGUUUAUGGUCAAUCGAUUGUUACUAUUGGUGGUGAAGGUGUAGUGGAUGCAGCCAAUAUUGUACAGUUCAUGGAUAUGGAGAAAGGAAUUUCUACGACACCCAAGGUUACCGGUGCCAAGAUUGCACCAGAAUCAAUCUAUCUUCAUGACUUUUGUAGAAUCGGUAAUAAAUUCUAUUUGUUUGGUGGAAUGGUCAAUGGAAAGAUGUCCAACAAGGUCUAUAUGGUAUCGAUCAUCGAUGAUUCCACAGUGCAUUGGUCUCAGCCAAGAAUCAACAGCUACUCACCAUCACCACGUAUCGGUCACACCUUGACACGUUAUGGCAACAAGUUCAUACUGUUUGGUGGUUUCGACGGUGAGUCGGUUCUCAAUGAUUCACACACGCUCGACCCAGAGACAAUGACUUGGUCGUCGUUUGCCUUCACUGGUAAUCCACCAAGCGAGCGUUACGGACACUCUACAACCAUACUUGGUGAGAAGAUGAUUGUCUUUGGUGGUACCAACAAGCUGAAAGAUCUCAAUGAUAUCAAUAUUCUACAGUUGGAUACCAACAGCUGGAUGCCUCCACCCUCUAGCCAUGGAGGUGGUGAGGUUCCACAGGAACGUUCUUUCCAUGCCGCCGUUAGAGUUGGUCGCAAUCUAAUCAUCGUGGGUGGUCGACGUGAAGGUGUAACCCAAAGAGAUAUCUGGUCGCUCUCCUAUAGAAUGCAAUGGUCCAAAGUAACCGGUCUUCAAAUCUCUCCACACUCACAUCAUGGUCUAGUAAAGAAUGAAAGUAAACUCUUUAUUUGUGGUGGUAAAGGUCAAAAUGGUAAUAUCCUAGAUGAUGUUUGGUUUGCAAAUACAACAAAUCUACCAAUAUCAUCAAGUGUAACAAUGAUAAACUAUCCAGAUAUAAAGAUUGAUAAGGAAAUCGGUAAAGGUCAUUUCUCAAAGGUGCUGAGAGGUGUAUGGAAACAAAAAGAGGUGGCAGUCAAGAAGUUGAAUCUAAUUCGAGACAAGGCCAAAGAGGAAAUGAUGAACGAGUUUAAAGCGGAAGUAGAGUUGUUGGGUUCAUUACAACAUCCUAAUCUUGUAAAUUGUUAUGGAUAUUGUUUAAAUCCAAUGUGUAUUGUUAUGGAGUUCUUAACAACAGGAAAUCUAUUCGAUCUAAUUCACUCGAGAGAGAACAACAACAAGUUAGACUCUACACUGAUAUUACAAUUUGCAUUUGAUAUUGCUAGAGGAAUGCGUUAUCUUCAUUCUAGAAAUAUUAUUCAUAGAGAUUUAAAAUCUAGUAAUCUUUUAUUGGAUAAACAUUUCAAUGUAAAAAUAGCUGAUCUUGGUAUUGCAAGGGAGACUUCAUUCACUCAGACAAUGACAACGAUAGGAACGGUUGCAUGGACAGCUCCAGAGAUUCUUAGACACGAGAGUUACAAUCACAAGGCAGAUGUCUAUUCCUAUGGUAUUGUAAUCUGGGAACUCUUGACUGGAGAGGAACCAUAUGCUGGAAUUCCACCGAUGAAUGCAGGUAUUUUGGUUGCAAGCAAAGAGCUACGUCCUGAGCUACCAGAGAACUGUGAUCCCAAUUGGAAGAAGCUGGUGGUUUGGUGUUGGUCAGAAGAUCCAAACAAACGACCUUCCUUUGAAGAAAUUACAAACUACCUUACCAAUACCUUUUAA